AGGGACGGAUCGGGAUCUGGCGCGCGCGUUUUAAGUGUGUGUCUUUCUGUCUCGCUCCAGUCUCUCUAUCUCUUUUUCUCUUUCUCGUUCCGUUCUCGCUCCGCGGAGUCCACCACCGUCGGAUUCACGGAUAGGAACGACGGAUAUUUCGACGUAGGUAGAAUUUCUACGCACAAUCGAACAAGGCCCGGGAACGUGAGUGAAUUAAUAAGAGUGGCGAAAAAGUUAUCGUGUUUUACGGUUUUACCUCCUGCGGGGAACUCGGCGAUUUCCAUAACCGUAGGAUAAUUCGCAGCUGCUUCUUCGGCCGGCAAAUGGCACGCCGUUUUUAAUCAGUCAUGGAAAUACGCGAGGACACUACGCCGUCUUGACGAUCGCGUUUGUACGAUUGCUUACGAUUUGGUUAUCUCGACACGUUGGAUAACGAGAUAUAUGUACGAUACGAUGCGAUACACGAUAUAUUAGACGAAAAAGGGACGCUGAUAUCGCCUUUUCGAAACAAGGUGUAUCGUUGUACCUGACGAUCGAUCUCUUUUAUCGUACCUUGGUGGGUGCAGAUUUAAUAAUCCUGCAUUGUAAAUCAGUGUGUGAUUUUGUGUGUGUCCAUGUGUGUGUUUCCUUCGAUGAUAUUCGCCGUUUUCAACGUCAUUUUUAUUUCACUUGUCAAUGGUGUUGCGUAUCAGUGAAAUACGAGGAGCCCGGUGAUCAUCGACUAAUCGCUAAGCUGCAACAGCAACGGGUGGAACAGAUUUCUUCCAGUAUUCAAAGAACCUGCUGCGUGUGAUUCAAAAGUUCCUCCGUAACGUCCAAGAUAAAUAUGACAAAUACGCUGUAUAUUGAAUAAGAAGAAGAAGAAGAAGAAAGAAAAAUCGAGCUCUACGAUAUUCGAGUAAUAAAUAAAUAAUAUUCAAAUAACAAGCGCACGGUUUCGAUCAAACGACAUUCAAAUUCUCACAAAACGCGCCCGAAACACGAAGCAAUAAAGAGAAUAGGAGAGGAAAAGCAACGCGGAGAUCGAGAUCGUUUAGCAAUUAUCGUAAUUACAGCCCUGGAAUACGUAAAUCAAAUUGAGAUAGGCAACUGACGUGUAUAAAAAUUUGAAAUAUUUUGUGAGGUGUUGAGCAGGAGAUAGUUCGUUUCGAAUAAAGGAUACAGUAUAAAAUAUCUCCCCAAGUGUUUUGUGCGUGCGGAUCCGACCCUCUGCAUCUCAGUGGAAGUGCUGCAGUUUUAUACGUUCUCUUACUGGAUAUAAGAUAGAUUGAUAGAUACGUACGUUUGCUGUCCUGUCUAUCUAUCUAAUCGUUAUUUUUCGUUCGCGGAUUUAUGUUUCGCUGUUCAUCAACUUGUGGUUCCUGUUGUUGUUUGUUGUUUUAGUUUAUGAUUGUGACAGUGAAUUUUUAUGGUUUCGUUUCCGUUCAAUUGUUGUUGGUGUGUUCAACGUUUCAUUGUUGUUCUGUUAUAUCUGGAGAUUCUUCUUGAGUAACGGACUCAACGCCACGUCAACGAUCGAGAAUAGCUGAAGUACACCUCAGGAUGGAGUGCCGUUGGGCUCGGCGGAAAGGCCUUUUUGCAGGUUGCAUACUUUUCCUCCUACUGCUCCAACUGCUCGUCGGUAGUCACACGGUUGAUGCGAGAAAUUCUGAGAGGUACGAUGCCGCCUACGAGUGCGAGGGAAAAACCCUGACGAUCGAGUGCGGCGAGGGUGAACUUAUUCACCUUAUAAGAGCCAACUACGGCCGGUAUUCGAUAACGAUAUGCAACGAGCACGGGAACACGGACUGGAGUGUCAACUGCAUGUCGACUAAGUCGUUCAGAGUGCUCUUCGACAAGUGUGAUCAAAAACGGAAUUGCAGUAUCGUUGCUUCGACUUCGCAAUUCGGCGAUCCUUGUCCAAAUACGCUUAAGUAUUUGGAAGCACACUAUCAGUGCAUGUCUGCCGCAACAACCACCACCACUUCACGACCCAGUCCUCCGUGGCUCAUAACUUCGCAGCCGAGUGUCUGGAGCACCGCUAAACCGACCGUCAGGCCAUUUUCCAGAAAUACUGCACCGGUUCAGCCCCCACCGCCUCCGACACCACAGACGCCAGCCGUCAUCCCUACCACUUUACCGAGUCCCACGACGACUCCGUCCAAGGCAAUUAUCGGUGACGGUUACAACGACGAGGACACAUCAUCGCCUGGUAAUGGUCUGGGUGCACCAGUUCCUCCAUUGAUGUCUGAAACGACCCAAGUCUCGCCAACGACAUUGUCCCCGUGGCGAACGAGUCGUCGAACAACCGUUCCGAGCACCCUCUGGCCGGAGUCCAGCUCAAACGGACAGUGGUCAGACUACACGAAACGCCUUUGCAAGCCGGUAAAGGCGAGAAAUCUGUUCUGGAACACGACACGGGCGGGUGACGUAGCCGUACAAACCUGCCCUGGUGGAGCGACGGGAAUCGCAAGAUGGAAGUGCGUCGAUCAGGGUGACACGGCUGUUUGGUAUCGGGGCACUCCCGAUCUCAGCGAGUGUCGGUCCGUCUGGCUGACGGCGUUGGAGAACCGCGUGGAGGACGGUGACGUUAUUCUAAGCGUAAGCAGCGAGCUGUCUCAAGUGACGAAUAACAGCCGGGUUCUGUACGGCGGGGACAUGAUGAUCACUACGAAGAUCAUCAGGAACAUGGCCGAGAAGAUGAAGGACAACCUGAAGACCUACUCCGACCUCAGACAGCAAGAGGUUGCCGUGAGGGAACUACUUCAGGGCGUUAUCAUAACAGGUAGCAACUUGUUGGACAAGACCCAGCUUCCUUCGUGGAAGGAUUUGAGCCAUCAGGAGCAAAUGAGAGUUGCCACAUCGCUGCUCAACGGGCUUGAAGAGAACGCUUUUCUUCUGGCGGAUGCCUACGAGCAGGAGAACACGAUCGUUCAAAAAGGAGAAAACAUACUCGUGUCGAUCAGGAUUCUCGAGGCUCGCAAUAUAGAGAAAAAUCUCGAAGUAUUUCCGAGCCAAAAGGUGCUCAGAGAGUGGCCCGUCUCCAACGAUCACGUAGAGCUUACGAAAGGGGCGCUUUUGGACAACAGUGACAACGGUAUCAUCCGUUUGGUCUUCAUGGCGUUUGACAGGCUCGAAGAAAUACUUCAGCCCCAGGCGGAGACCUCGUCUAUAGUCGGACACGACGACUCUCAGUUCAGGCCGAAGAACACAACCAGAAUACUGAACACCAAGGUGAUCUCGGCGUCUUUGGGCAAAGGGAAGCACAUCCAGUUGUCGGAACCCGUUAAAUUAUACUUCAAGCAUCUGACCGUUGAAAACGUGACUAAUCCAAGCUGCGUCUUUUGGGAUUACACGAUAAAUGCAUGGUCCGAGGAAGGAUGUCACGUUCACCUCACCAACAGCACCCACACCGUAUGCGAGUGCAAUCACCUAACAAAUUUCGCUGUACUGAUGGACGUCCACGCAAUUAAAUUGGACACGGCGCAUCAAGUCGCUCUUCAAAUCAUUACGUACAUCGGGUGCAUAAUUUCUGUAAUUUGCCUCGUCCUCGCCAUACUCACGUUCCAACUAUUCCGCGGACUCAAGUCCGAUCGAACGAUCAUACAUAAGAACCUCUGUAUCUGCCUGCUGAUAGCUGAGGUUCUUUUCGUUUGUGGUAUCGGUCAAACUGAUCAGAGAAUCGUUUGUGGCGUCGUCGCUGGAUUGCUUCACUUCUUUUUCCUCUGCGCGUUCGCGUGGAUGUUCCUCGAAGGGUUUCAACUUUACGUCAUGCUGAUCGAAGUGUUCGAGGCGGAGAAAUCCAGACUUCGAUGGUACUACUUGGUCGCUUAUGGCGCUCCGUUACUCGUAGUAGCAAUUUCCUGCAUCAUCGAUCCUCUGAGCUAUGGAACUGAUCGUUACUGCUGGUUGAGAGCCGACAACUAUUUCAUCUUCAGUUUUGUGGGGCCCGUGAUACUCGUUAUUCUGGCGAAUCUCGUCUUUCUAUCCAUGGCAAUAUACGUGAUGUGUCGUCACUCAAACACCGCCAUAUCCAUGAAGAGCAAGGAGCACUCAAGAUUAGCUAGCGCAAGUGGAAAGGAAGAGAAUGCUCUUCCCAACAAAUUGCAAGCGCACUUGGCCUGGCUGCGAGGAGCAAUCGUUCUAGUCUUUCUCCUGGGACUGACGUGGACCUUCGGAUUGUUGUACUUGAAUCAAGAAUCGGUAGUGAUGGCUUACAUAUUCACAGUACUGAACAGUCUCCAAGGAUUGUUCAUCUUCGUGUUCCACUGUGUGCAAAACGAGAAGGUGCGGAAAGAAUACCGUAAGUUUAUCAGGCGCCAUUCAUGGCUGCCAAAGUGUCUCCGAUGUUCGAAGACCGUCUCGGGCAGCUCAGCCGGCUCUUCGGGGACAAGCGGAGGCGUCGCCGGGACGAAUGGCGGCAAGGAAUUCGCCUCCCACAACACGUCGUCAAAUCCGUCGGCACCGACGACGGACAGCUCGGGAUUGUCUCCUCACGCAGCAGCUAGCUACUUGGUGUCCGGGCGCGGUUGGGUUACGACUGACAGACAACAAUCGGCGGUGCUGCCCCCAGCCGCCUGCACAACCAAUUCUCAACGCGAACCUCCUUCGUCGGAAGCUCAUAUCGUAGCAACGCUGCCUCACGCCCGAAACAACUUUCCCUCAGCUCUUAAUAUCCCUAAAUCUGCGACCGCCACUUGGGGACCUCUUAACAAAAACCUCAUGUGGAAGAACAUUUCUUUUAAAUCGUGUUCCCGGGAUUCCGGUCACGGAGGAUCGGAGCAGGAAGACUCGCCGCGUACUCACAGCACGAUGACCUUGUCGCACGGAAGGACCCGUGAUCGAAGAAUGGUCGGCGACCUUGGCGAGGCGACGACGCGAUCAGGGCGACGGGCGGCGUCCCCUUACAACCACACGUACACGGAGAUAAGGGACGGACGGGGAGGGCAUCACCAGGUCCACGGACACCACGGUCAGCACGUCCACCUCCCACGGGGAAUGGUGGCCGGCGAGGACGACCCGGUAUACGAGGAGAUAGAACGAGGAGGUGGUGAAAUCCAGGUAUCCGACAUGUCGGACGAGGACGGGAGGCGGCAGAGCGACAUGAGCAGACAGUCAUCGCGGAGCUACGGCGAUCAUCGUCCGCUGAUUCCUUACUCGCCGGCGAACGACAGGAACCUCGUUCACUACGGCCAGACGAUAGACAACAGAGGCGCCCCCCAGCACUCCGUCGGUAAUCCAGCCGAGUACAGUCCCGGGCAAGAGCGUAACGCGGCGAACAACUGCUGGGAGAAACUCAGACGGUAUCAGGCGAGGUACGAGCUUGGCGAGUUGUCAAGACUACCGGGAAAUUACGGACUCCCGCCUCUCCAGCAGGACCACAGUAGAACGGUUGCGGUUUUGAACGGACACACCGUAGUUUGUCACCUUCAGCCACAGACCGACAUGUAUACCGGUCGCAACAUGCCCCCACCUUCCUACAGCGAGUGUUGAGCGAUUGAUAAUUUUCCCCGAUCGUCUCUAUUGCGUAUGUACACUUUGCUUUGAACGGGGGCCUGGACGAUGGUGAACCGAUGUGCUUGGGUCUCGCUAAUUUUAAUGUACGGAGGUGGCCGAACGUUUGUAGAUAUAUUAUGUAAUAGCAAUGCCGCCUCCGGAUCACACAUUAUUCGUUAUAGAUACACACGGGCACACCUCUCUUAUCUCCCCAAACGGAUCGAAUCGAGGGCUAAAGAAAUAAACUUACCGUGAUUUACUGUGUACGCAUUACAUAUAUGUAUAUAUAUAGGUAUAUUAUACAUAUAUACAUAUAUAUAUAUAUAUUAUAUUAUGAGAACUUUGUGUAGUAGUUUUGCUCCUGGUGCGCGUUGUUGCAUUUAUUUUAUUUAACAUUUUGUACAGUGGAAGUACGAGUGCUACAAGACUGAAGACUAGCUCAAAAUAAAAUAAAGUAAAAACAAACAAAAAAAAAUAAAAAUAAAAGGAAAAAAAUAAAUAAUAAUAAUAAAAAAUAAUAAUAAUAAUAAUAACAACAACAACAACAAACUAGCAAACAAACAGUCGACUGAAGAUAAGUUUUUAUUUUAUUUCUUUCCCGGUAUACAAUUAAUUUAAACAUUUUUCGAAUGAAAGAAUAACGUGUAAUAAAUUGAUAAAAUAAAGUAAAAUAAAUACACUAAGAAACAUUGUUUUUACCAAUCAGAAUUAUCAAAUGAUCAUGAUGACGAUGAUGACGAUGAAGGUGUUUGAAAGAAUGAAUGAAAGGCGGAUGAACUGUUAAUAUAACAACAGUUGUGAGUUACGAAUAAUUUUUGCGAGCGAGCUGUAGAGCAGUUCCGUGAUAUGAAUGAAUUCUGUCUGUGCGACGGUGAGAAGAUAAUGAAAUGUAAAAUUUGAUCGAUUAUAUCGUAAAAAUCGCGUUGUGUGUCUGUGAUUAAUACACCGAAACUUGUAUAAUAUACUAUUGAUAAACUUUUAAGUAUAGUUAACGCAAUCGAUUGAAUAAAAUGAUAAAUAUCUAAAGUAAACAACUAUAUAUAUGUAUGUAUAUAUAUAUAUUGUAUGUAUAUCGACUGGACGAGUAAUAAUAAUAAUUAUAAUAAUAUUAAUGAUAACAAUAACAAUAAUAAUAAUAUUAGUAAUACCUACAGCGAUGCGGACAAAUCAUACAUAAAUUUUUAUUGAAAAUAUCACUAAAUUACUAUCGUUAAGGUUACCUACUCAACAACAUCAAAGAAAUAAUGAAUAAUAGUAAUAAUAAUAGUAAUAAUAAUAAUGAUAAUUGUUCGAAGAAAAGAAAACAUUGUAAGCCACUGUAUUUACUUAUAGCCGAAUCUCUCGCCAUCGUCGUCAUCGUCGUAUCCAAUGAUUACCGUAAUUUUUAGGUAACCGACAAAAAUACGAAAUUUGAAUUAUUACCCAUUAUUAUUGUUGUUGUUGUUGUUGUUGUUGUCAUCAUUUCUUUAUUUUUAUUUUCAAUUUUACGAUAUUAAACUCGGCGUUCGAACGCUAUUGCGCAGCAUUUAUCAACCUCAAUUUUAAGUUUUGAUUUCCUGUCAGAAUCGAUCUAUUUUCUAAACAAAUUAAUACACUUGUACCGUAAAUAAUAUAACCUAUAUAAUCACGGUCGAAACUUGACGGAGAAUCCGAUGAUGUAUCGAUAAAUUUCCAUUUCAAUCAAACUGACGACAAGUUUACAAAAGAUUGCAAACAAAAGUCAUGCGAAAUCCUUUGUACUACUUGUCACGUAGUUACUUUAAGACACGUCGUAUGAGCAAGUACGCUUUUGUUUUCUUUUCUUUCUUCAAAAUACUCGCAAAGUCGAAUGCAAACCGUGCAAAUUUCUCUUGUCUCUCUCUUACUUUUCAUCGAUCCUCGCAAUCAGUUUGUUUCUUUUUUUCUUUCUUUCUUUCUUUUUUUUUUUUUUUUUUUACUUUCCAUUCGUGUCACUUUUUUUCUUUUCCAUUGUCCGGCAGCCCUUGUCGGUCGUGUGGUAGCUUUUCAGGAAAGUUUUAACGCGAAGAAUCGAAAAAAAAAGACUAAAAUUUUCACGGUUAAAAAAACUCUUCUGUAGAUCUAAAUCGUUAAAAGUAACAAACACAACUACACAA